GAGAGAGAGAGAGAGAGAGAGAGAGAGAGAGAGAGAGAGAGCAGAGAGAGACGCAGUUCUGCUAACACAAGGAAACAAAAAUAUUUUUUUCCAGACAGUAUUACAUAAAAUCAAUAUAAAAUUCAAAAUCGUGGAAGAGGACAAGUUAAUUGGGGAAAGCGGGCAGACACACUCUACCAGUGAAGAACAAUAAAGAGGAAGAGAAGAAAAGAAAGCUGGUUGAAACGCCUGGCUGGUUCAGGGACCAAAGCAAAGGAGAUCCGAAAAGGAAAAGUAAUUAAAGAUCAAAAUCAGGGGGUGAAGGAGCAGGGAGUUACAAAGAGGAGGAUUUUAAAAGACAGGAUUUGAAAGUAUUGAAACUCAUCUUCAGGAUGUCAGUGUCUCGGGGGUGUUUGUGCUGUGUCAAAUAUUUGAUGUUUGUCUUUAACCUCAUCUUCUGGCUAGGAGGAUGCGGCUUGUUCGGCAUUGGAGUGUGGUUGUCCUUCACACAGGCAGAGUUUUCCUCUCUUCCCCUGUCUUUUCCAUCCCUCUCAGCUGCCAAUCUGCUGCUAGUCGCUGGUGGCAUCACCAUGGUGACUGGCUUCCUAGGUUGUCUUGGAGCCCUUAAAGAGCAGCGUUGCCUGUUGUUCAUGUUCUUUGUGAUCCUUCUGCUCCUGGUGCUGACAGAGGUGACUCUAACGCUGGUUAUACACAUCUUCCAUGACAAGCUGGAUUCCAAAGCACAAGGUGAAUUAAAGGAAGGUAUGAAGAUUUAUAAAUCAGAACCUGGACUGAAAAAAUCCUGGGACAAUGUCCAGAAAAUGUUCAAAUGCUGUGGAGUCACUAACAAAACAGACUGGUAUGAUGUGCUGAAUGGAACGCUGCCCUCUUCCUGCUGCUCUGUUGGGACAGACCAGUGUGUAGAUGGAUGGAUUGAGCCGUGUUAUCAGAAGGCCAGGCAGUGGCUGCUGGAUAACAUCCCCUCAGUCCUGGUGUUUGGAGUUUGUAUUGGUGUUGUCCAGAUCUUGGCCCUGGUGUUCUCCAUGCUGAUGUACUGUCAAAUUCUGUGCGCUGAGAAACAUCUGGACUGACUGCAGACCAGCUGUUCACUGGCAUUUGAUGGAAAGGCUUCUCACAAACUCCUUGGGAUCUCAAUACACCCGCCCAACAUGAUCCACAUUUUCAAAACCUCCAAUCAGCAUUCAGACCUGGCAUGGGUGCCUUUCAAAUGCCCUAUGGCAUUUUUUUUACAAAUUCCCAAGAUUCCCCAAAAAUCUAGUGUAACACUAUCCAACUAAAACUAUCAAUGGACACUGGCGGUACGGUACGGACAGAGCCAGUAGUACCAGACCGAGGAGGUGUAGUAUGUGUACCAGGCAUCUAAAUAUGGUUUCAUUUUACCACUAAAAACCAUCAGCCUCCAGACAAAACUAAUGACAACAACCUUAAUGCAUUGCUCCUGGAGAGUGACCAGUUUAUCUUAAGAUAAUAAUUCAAGAAAAAAAAGACCCACAUCUGUGUAUUUUACACUAUUUUUAUUCCAGUGUUGCUCAUUUUAGAAUUUUGUCUCGUAUAGGAAUAUUUUUGUGUCAUGAAACAACAAAAGAUGCAUCAUGUUACUUAGUAGGACUGCAAGAAAAAUGUUGGAGGUGGAGAAGAAAAAACUAAACUAAAAUAAAAACAUUUAUACAUAG